AUGGGACGCUUAUCGCAAGAGGACCGAGUCCUCCUUGACGAGCUCGUCAGGGAGAACGGGAUAGAUAAACUCAAGGAAUAUAUCUCCCACACCUUCACGCCGACCCUCAUCAAGAUUCGCCGUAUCACGCCCGAGAAAGCACAUGAAUGGAUUGACCUCCAGGCGUUCGCAGCAUGGCUAGUCAGCGACUGUCAGCAGCGGCUACGUGACUCGCCACUUCCCGAUAACCCCGAGUUGCCUCAAGGGCGGCCAGCACCUACAGAGACGGGAAGUAACGAUCGUACCGGACAACAGCCUUCGCCGCCUCCGUCGCAACGCAGGCCUUCGCACGCAAGGCGUGAACUGGAAACCGGGAGAGGCGGAGAGAGAUCCAGAGCAGAUGAAGGAGAUGAGGCAUAUCGGACGAGUUUCCAGAUCCGUAAAGACCCAGAGACAAAACGGCGGCGAGAGACGGUGUCUGCGUCCGAUGACUCGGAGUCAGAGACGGAUACGGAGAGAGAGGAACGCCCGAGGGCAGCGCCGGCCUCAUCCCGUUCUCGUAGCUCGGGCAAGACAUGCGUGAACUGCAGGAAUCGCGGCGUACCAUGCGUGCCCCGAAAGCUCACAUCCCGCUACGCGGCCGGAUGCCAGCGUUGCUACGACGGCAAGACCAAAUGCUCCCUCGUGGAAUACCACCGUCAGAGGAGGUAA